CCUUUCUUUUUUAUCGCUAUCAUGCAAAUCGUACUUUAGUGACUGCGUCGUUGAUACAAGAUACAACUGUACAAAUCUCAAAGUACGACGUAUGUUGUACGAGAAUUAAUUAUAAUUUAGCGAGAUAAUAAGUUAUCUUCAAUCAAAUAUAUUCCCAAGAAGCAAUCUGUCAAGAGGAAAUUAAACUUUAACGCACAUCUUUGACGUUUCUCUUAUACCAAUGGCAUUGACAGGACCCGACUUGCCGAAAAUUCCGUCUCCCUUGAAAAGCAUUCAACAAUACUUAACGAUCGCAGCGAAGCACGAUCAACGAGACAGUGUCGUCAGUUAUUGGUGCCGUCUUUAUGCUCUUCAAACUGGGUUAAAGCUAUCUACUAAAACAUCAGAGGAAACAAAUUUUUUACUGAAAUUAAUGGACUGGUUGGAGAAAACAAAGAAGGAGUUACAUGAUAAUGAGGCCAUUACUAAUGAUGUAGCUGCUCAAGCACACUUGGAAAAUUGGGCCUUGAAACUCUUCUUGUAUGCCGAUAAGAACGAUAGAGCUGCAAAUUUUUCUAACAAUGUAGUGCAAAGCUUUUAUACUGCUCAGGCACUGUACAAUGUAUUGACAUUGUUUGGAGAACUGAGCGUAGAAGCAGCACAGAAUCGAAAGUAUGCGCAAUGGAAAGCAUCUUAUAUCCAUAACUGCUUAAUGAAUGGAGAAACUCCAGUUCCAGGGCCAAUGAAAGAACAGGAUGAAGAAAAUGAUUUUGUUGAAGCAUUGAAUGAAGAUGAUAAUACCGAUUUGAAUGUAAAUCCUGCAACUGAAAGUCCCAAGGACAAUGCUCCGCAAAGUAUUCCAUCUAUUCCUGUAAAUCCACCAACUACAAGAUCUCAGUCAUUUGAUGCAGAGGACAGUACUGCAUAUAAGACAGAAAAUGGUGCUAAUCUGUCGAUAGAGCAAAUUAAUAAGGCUCAAAAGUUUUUGAAAUGGGCGAGUAGCGCAUUAGACUAUGAUGAUGUAUCUACUUCUGUAAUGAAUCUUCGGAAGGCUUUGCAUCUUUUAACUACUGGUCAGGAACCUGCAUAGGCGAAGGAAGCGCAAAGAUAACAUAUUUGGUAACAGCUUACUUGCAAUUAACUGCGUUAUACUUGUCGCUUGUUUCCUGUAAUGGUCAGUAAACAAUAUUUUACUAACAUUUCACAAUUUUUAUACAUAUGCAACUUUUGAAUACAGAUAAUAGAAGAUGAAAAUAGAGGCAAGUUUACAAUAACUAGUCAAAUUGGCCUUGAAUAUAUGUGUUGCAUUUAUAUAAUUAAAAAACGAAAGUUGUUACAGACUCUAUGUCUCUAGAUUUUAGUUGUUGUUCGAAAUAAGAUAGAAUUGUAGUUUCAUCAUAUUUAUUAAAGCUACUUGCCCUGAGAACUUUAAUAUGUUCUCUAACAAAAACUCCAGCAUCACUCUAUUCUGUUCUUCAAAUAAUUUUUUGAUAACUUUAUCAAAAUGAAGACAGAAAAAGAUGAGAGAAAAAUGUUAUUAAUUCGCUAAUAAUCUAAAAAAAUUGAAUAUCUAAAUACUACAAAUCAAUUAGUCAGAAAAAAAUAAAAAUCUUAAUAUGUUAAAACAUAAAUCCUAUUAUAAAAAUUAACCAGAAUUGUUUUAAAAUAGACUCGAUAUAUGAUUUUUGAGGAAUAAUAUAUUAUUAUACUUCUGCAAACUUUAGAAUUUAAUAAUUUUUCUUAAGCAAAAUGUGGCUAUUAUAUUUCGUGUCAUGGGAUGUAUACAUCUAACACAUCUCUUGUACAUAAUAUAUUUUUUUAUAUAUACUCAAUGAGAAGAAAUAAAUAAAAAAACGAAAAUAUGUAUACAUAUACACAAA